AUGCAGUUCUACCCAAAAGCGCGGGAGCAGCGGCCUAGCAUCCAUCACCCAUCUGUUCGGCCGCGUCGAUUAGGUGUCCUAAAGGCAGCUACUGUCAAUCUUCUACUUCUCCAAGCUCUAUUUCUGGGUCUGUUCUGUUACAUAUUUGGGUCUCUUUUCCAGCAGACCGGACACAUUCACAACAUCAAUGUGUUGUUCGUUGAUUACGACGGCGGCGCGAUAGGCGAUGCGGCCCGCGCCACGUUCCAAAAGCUCAAAGGACCCGACUUUCCAACUUUCAUUGAGCAAUCUGCCUCUGUCUACCCUCAGCCUGGCUCGAUUGAAGGUGCAGUCUGCGACAUCAAAUACUGGGGAGCAUUGUACGUCACAGCGAAUGCGUCGAAUGCACUAAGUGCCGCAUUUGCGGGUGGGCUAGCUGCGUCUUCGUACGACAAGAACAAUGUUCUCACAAUGGUGUGGAAUGAAGCGCGCUACCCAACGGUCAUUGACUCGGUCCUUGCAGAGAGCAUCAAAUCAUUAUCGGAAACUGCACGUGUUGCAUACUUCCAGACCAACGGGAACAAUUCUCUGCAGCAUAUCAACAGCUCUGAUUCUGCUGCGCUUGCCACGUUCUAUGAACCGUGGACAUUGGCCAACAACAAUAUUCAGCCCACAUCACAAGGGUCAAGAGUCAUCUACAACACGCUUGUUAUCAUUUUGAUCUUGAUCCAGGAAUUUUUCUACCUUGGUACUAUCAAUGGUUUAUACGCUCAGUUCAACCUUUACACAUCGCUGUCAGCCCGUCGCAUUGCCAGUGGGCGUCUAAUAAUAUCUUUAAUCUACACACUCAUCGGAGCUAUGUGUACAGCCGGUGCAAUCUGGGCAUUUCGAAGUGGCUGGGAUGUCAACGGGAACCAGUUCGCGCUCACUUGGCUGGUACUGUGGCUCUUUGCACAUUUGAACUUCCUCGUGCUAGACAUUUUCACCAUCUGGCUUCCGCCUCCCUACGUACCGAUGGCCCUUAUAUCGUGGAUCAUCACGAAUAUCACUUCCAUCCUUCUCCCAUUCGAGUUGGCACCUGCUUUCUACAAAAUAGGCUUCGCGUUGCCCGCACAUGCUGUCUUCCAGGUACUCAUCGACAUCUGGUCUUUUGGCUGCAACCCCAAAUUGUAUUACGCGCUGCCUGUUCUCUUCGUUUACGAAGUUCUUGGUAUAAUUUUGAGCACUAUCGGUGUGUAUCGACGGGCCCAUUACGCAUGUAUCAAGCAAGAGAUGGAUGAAAAGGCUUUGCAAGAGAAGGUGACGGCCACCAUCCUUGAGCAACAAGAGGCUCAUCUAGUUAGACGGGAGACGACACGAGAUACCCAGGGGAGCAAAACUUCGGACAGCGGAAAUGAGGAAGCGGAUGCUCAAGCGGAGUUGGCCAACAUCAUUCACCGUGAGAUGUCCCGACCGAAGGUCGAAAGACCAAGUACCAGCCGAGAUAACACCGGCCCGUCAUUUGCCUUGGCCUACAGAGAUUGA